CUUCAACUCCACACUCAAAGACCGAGGCCUCGGCUCUCCGCAUUCUGUCGUCCACUCAAUCAAUUGAUCAAUCCGGUAGGUGGAGGCUGUUCCUGAAGGGUGGGGAGCAUAUUAUCAUAUUACCAACCCAAAAUACAACGUAAGGUAGGUUGGAAAGUACCUUGACUUGGGUUACCUCUGUUAUAUAUAUCGACCUUGGGUUGGGGUCGUAGUCCAUCGCAUUUCAUCGCCUGCCUAGGUCUCACUCACCCACUCGGAAUUAUAAAGUGGUAGGUAAGGAAGGUACUUGACCUAACCCCAUCUCUAUCGUGACCGGAGCUUCAACGUCUAAGACAAUCCACCAAACCACAUUUACUCGUUUUAAUUUCUCAUUAAAUAGGCGCUUACUACCAUAGCCACACCCACGCAAAAACAACCAGUUGAUAAUCAACAAUGGCGUCGCCGGCCUCGGUCAUCGGCGUCGAGUACCGCGGCCGUGUGGCCGUGCUGACCAUCGACAACGAGGCCAAGCUCAACGCGCUCAGCCAGGCGCAAUACUAUGAUUUGGCGCAGCGCAUGCGCGAGGUGACGGCGCGCGACGACGUGUACAUUACGCUGCUGAUCGGCAAGGGCCGGUAUUUCUCUGCCGGCGCAGACGUAUCCCUUGCACGCGACGGGCCCUCCUCUCCCUCAUCAGACACGGCCCCCCUCACCCCAUCCGACGCAUCCCACGCCUACUGGCUGCGCAACUUCGUGGCAUCAAAUCUGAACACCACGCAGGCCUUCUACUCACACCCCAAGAUCCUCGUCGUGGGACUCAACGGGCCCGUGAUCGGGCUGUCGGCGGCGCUGGUCGGGUUCGCCGACUUCGUGUACGCCACCCCCAGCACAUUCCUCCUCACGCCAUUCAGUUCCCUCGGACUCGUCGCCGAGGGCGGCGCGUCGCGCGGGCUAGUGCAGCGGCUGGGCGUGGCGCGGGCGAGCGAGGCGCUAAUCAUGAGCAAACGGCUCGACGUGUCCGAGCUGCUUGCGGCCGGGUUCGUGAAUAAAGUGUUUGAUCCUUCCGAGGGAGACUUCAAGACGGCCGUGCUGCGCGAGAUCGACGAGCGGCUCGGCGACCAUCUUGUCGGCGAUAGUCUACUGGGCAUCAAGGCGCUGAUGCGGCGCCCCGAGCGCGCCGUGCUGGACGCGCAGAACGUUGCCGAGGUGUUUGCCGGGCUCGACCGCUUCGUGGCGGGCGUGCCGCAGGAGGAGUUCCUCAAGAUCGCCACGGGCAAGAAGCGCCACAAGCUUUAGCGUGUCAUUCUGCUAUUGCGUGCGUGCGUGUGUGUGUGUGUGUGUAUAGGCAUCCAUCUAAUGCAAAGUAAAUAUUUAUAUGCAGUGC